CAUCACUUCUAGGUACCUAGUGGUGUAUCCUCUAUCCCUUGGUUUUGUAAAUACUCCUUGUGUUCCUAUUUUUCAUCAGUCUGUUCCAACACACAUCAGCCUGCUGUUAUUUUGGUGCUAGAUUCCCAAAAAGCACCCCAUGAUGCUGCUGCUGAAACUGUGUCAGGGACACAGUAGAUACCUGCAGCUUCCUCCAUGCUGAGUCAGUCUGGGAUAGACUCUCCCAGGGUGGUGUUCCUUGGCACCAGCAUCAGCCAGGAGACGUCUGUCCGUAGCCUUUUAUUUUUCUCAGCUUCACCCCUCCACAUUCAGCCUGGCUAGUGUAAACUGUCCUUAGGAUUGUUUAGUGUUCCUCAUGGUUCCAUUGAGGAGAGCCAGUUAAAGAUUUGGACCUUCCUGUUAUCCAUUCUGGCCAAAUGGAGGAAAAGGCCAGGACUUGUCUUGCCUAGAACUGAAAUCUAAAGGCAGCAUGGUAUGUUCUUAAUAAAGGAGUGAUUAUAUAAAUCACAGUAGCAAAAUGUUCUUGCAGAGCACAUGCCCCACUCCGUGACUGAAGUGUCUGAGAGUGGCUGCCCAUCAUUCCAGAGGAGGGAUUGGCCUUGGACAGGGGUUAGUUAGUGUGCAGCCCCCUGUGUUACAGAGGAGCAGCUACAAUUCCUGAGUCUCUUUUAAUGAAGUUCCUUGUGGCUGUUUAUUGGACAAAAAUAAAUUCCAACUGGCCCAUAUAACAAAUGAAACUCAACUACAAAAAUGUAAUGAUAUUUAUUCACCCAGCUGCCAGCAAACUCACAUGCACUAUGAGUCAUUCCAGAUGUGGAUAAAAACAAAGUCUGUCUGUGAAAGUAAGUUUCCUGAUCCCGAGGAGACUUGGUUUGGGAGACGAGCUGUGCGCUGACUUCAGCUCUACUCAGAAGAACAGGCAGGUUCUUCUGCAAAGGGGGAGGGGGAGAGGAAAGGCCAUUAUUUAUUCCUGAAAAGAAAGGAGCUGGGAAAAUAAAAAAAAAGCUACUGUACAGCUAGACACACGUAUUUUAAGGAGAAGGAUGCUUUGGAAGACUCUGGUGCUGCUGCUGUUCUAUUACAGUGCUUAUGCCACUGUGCCCCACAGAUGGAGCAGAGCUGUGCUUUUCCCAGCUGCUCAGCGAUUCAAGAGGUCCUCAGCUGCCUUCCUCAACCCAGUGUUACAAAACUCUCUGGAAGAUGUGGUCCUGCUUUAUGAGUUUCUUUUAGCUGAGCUUGACAUCGACAAAGGUCAGAGGAUCUCCAUCAAAGAUGAGGAGCUGGCUUCCCUGAGGAAGGCUGCUGAGUUUGACACCAUCUGCAAUGAGAUUAUCCCCAAGAGCAUCACAGAGAUCCGCAGGUUGAGCAGCAGGCUGUCUUCCUACCCGAGGGUCCUCAAGAAGGAAGACUUUGAAAGGACAGUGCUGACCAUGGUCUACACGGCCUACAGAGCUGCUCAGUCCCAGGGGCACCAGAAAGACACUUGGGCUGAAUCCUUUGUCAAUCUCUACAAAGCCCUGAAGAAUGACUUGAUGCUCCCAUACAACAAACAGCCCUCAUAAUGGAAGGGGAGCAGUGGCUCAGCCGCCUGCUCUGGUUGGUGAAGGACACAGUAGCACAACCACCACUUUAUUCUGUAAAGAGUUUAAUAGCCUGCUUCAUGAAAGAUUGUUCGUUUUCUGGCUCCCUCUUGUGGAGUCUGCUUUCUUGUCCCAUGCUAAAUGGUGAAAAACAUCUUCAGUCCUGAGAAUUCGAUUUUUUGUGCUGGCUCGGAGGCACGCUCUGUGACAGGAAAAGAAGGGAGUUUGUUGCACACCCAGGCAGACCCUUGUUUGAGGCAAACCCUUGACUCAUCCUUUGGGUUCCUAUAAACAAUACAUAAAUAUAGUGUGCUUAUGCUCUCAUGCUGAUGUGCAAGUGCUGGAGAGUGCUGCUUUCCUAGCUGGGGAAACAAGCUCAUGUUUGGCUGGCCAGUAAGAGAAUAUGACAGAGAUGAAGGCCCGCUGUAAAAGGAAGAGGUUUCAUAAUGUCAGCCUUCAGAAAUUAUGCCACAUAUUAUUCAUUCCAAAUGUUCUCAUAAAUAAGAACUCUGAUUCACUUCAUUGGGCUGAGCCAGUGUUUAAUUGCAAUAACAUUUGUAGAAGACAAAGGGCAUUGUGAAGACCAGCAGCAAACAAUGCCUGUGAACGUAUUCCCUGCUUCCUGGACUGUCCCAAACAGUCUGCAAAUAAUCUUUCAUUAUAUGCACAUGAAUUUGCUUCUGCUGCUUGUUUUUUUGAAAGGAACAUGUAUUUGUCCUCAGUGGAAUCCAAGGCAAGACAAAAGCCCUAUUUAAUUUAAAAAUUACAUGUUUUUUUCCUGGUUCUAUCACUUGAACGUAGGUCUUCUAAACCUAUGCUCCAGAAUCCCACUGAGGCAAGGGAGGAACGUGCAUUAAAACAUACCUGGUGCUGAAUUUAGCACUGUGGCUCUUUUUUUUUUUUUUUUUUGAACAGUAAAUUGUAUAAUCAUUUCAGUAUCAGUGUGUGUGUGUGUGUGUCUGUGUGUGUGUGUGUGUGUCUGUGUGUAUCUGUAUUCCUGCAUGUGUGUGCACAUGAGUGCUGAGUACGUAGAAGAAUCCCAAAUUGUUCAGUCAGUGAACAAUUGCAUCUGACCACUUGGCAGAAAAAGCCAUUUACCAAUUCAGUGGUGCGAAUUGUGAAUUUGGGAGCAGUAAAGGAAAAACUGUAGAAAUACUGCAACCAAUUAUAAUGAACUCCCCCCCCAAAAAAUGAACAGAAAAUAGACAGAUAAAAGAGAUCUAUUUUGUCAGAAGGGUGACUAGCUAUAAAAAUCCAGACUCUGCUAAAUCAAACUACCAAAUGUUUGUGCACAAGAGAUACAAACUCUGUUUUUCUAUUAAUAUUAGAGUGCUUCUGUUUCCAGACUAUGGGAAAAUAGGUGAACAUUUAUUUCAUCCUUUCCUAUCAUCAUUCUCUAUUUUAUUAUUGCAUAAUAUAUUAAGGAUACAAGUCCAAAUCACAAAUCCCCAACACUAAAACAGACCUAAGGAUUCCAGCCCAAGUUCUGAAUCAUGUUUAACUACUUUUGCAUCACUUGAGCAAAAGGAGUUAAUUCUUCUGUGUCCCUUAAAAGGGGCAUUUCAAGGAUUGGAGCUGAAAAAAUCCACCCAGAAGCACAGUGCAAGCAGUCAGAGCACUGGGUUUGGCAAACACCUGUGGCAAUGUGGAAGCAGAGCAGCCUUGGGGCAGUCUGGCCGUGGCAUUAGCAGCUGGACAAAGGGCUUAUAAAAGACAGAGUCAGUCUUGUUUCCCCCAGGAGUUUCUGGAUUUGUGUGAACAAGUGUGCAGGUUCAUUUAGACACACAAAUGUGUAGGCACAAUUUUAUACCUGAAGAAUUUUGUUGGCCAUCUUCAAAGCCUGUCUGGCAGAUGGGAAAGGAAGCUGCAAACCUUCGGCACAAAACUGUGUGCUACAAAUAUCUCUGCUUGAACACACAGAGCUCAUUACCCCGAAAGCAGUUUUAUUUUCCUGCCCACAUGCCCUUUAAGCCCUCAGCUUUAACACUGAUGAUAUGCUUAUGAUUUCUUCCUCUGCCAUGCUUUAUCAACACAUGAAGGGGAAAUGCCACAGAGUGCAGCACUGUCUUUCCAGCUCUGCUUCUUGGCUCCCUGAAACAUCACUUGCUGGAAGAGCCUGGAACCAGGCCUAUUCAAAAAUGCCUCUUAGCCAGAUACUCCAAUUCUGCAAAAAUAGCAAGAAAGAGAUCUAGAGCAAAAAUUAAUUGCUAGCAGUCACCAAUCAGAGAAAUACCUCCCAGCCAUGCUUCUCACUCCACAACAAGACUGCCCAGCAGAGUUUACUAAUCAUAAAAUAUCCCAUUAAAAAGAAUUACAGAUAGUUUUUAAUAGCUUAUAAUUCCCUAUGAUAUACAUACCAUACUUACAAAUUGGUAACCGAAACAUUUAUUUCCUCAACAGAAAAUAAAGGUUUAAUUUUACUGUGUGUAAGGUAAGAAAAAGAUUUAUUCCUUGGGAAAGUGCUUGGACUGCCCAAGUUAAUUUAAGAGAGACUCUCAAUGUAAUAAUAAAAACAUUCUACAUAAAA